GGUGACGCUCCGUUGCUGUGGUAACAGGCUCGUUAGCAGUUAGCUAACUACCGCUAGAUACCCUAUCUGUGGUUGUUGUUAGCAGCAAGAUGGCGGUUCCCGUCCCGGCGCUCAGCCGCUGUGCUCUGCAUCUUUAACAGUGGAUCUCAGCCUCCGCGCCGCUCCGUGUCUCUGGCGCAUGGAGCAGCAGUUCGGCCUCGCAGUCGGCACUGGAUCUACGUUAGCGUUUGCCCUAGUUCGCGUUUGCCGGAGCAGCUAUCGGCGGCUUUAUACCGACUCCCCACAGUGUUCACCGGGUAAAAUGGCGGACUGUCCGCUUCAGUCUGCAGGCUAACAGCUAACAGCACCGCGCUCCGUUUCUGAGCCGCUGGCUGGUUCCGCACCGGAUCAUUGUGUCCAGUCUGUGACUGCAUCGAAGAGCGAUUCUUCAGUGUCUGGUUAACGUUACCGAUUCCUGGACAGACGCCGGGCUCUGCCCGCACAAAACGCUGGCUAGUUAGCCACUGAGCUAGUUAUCAGGCUAAUGCUAACCCGCGCUGGCACCGAGCAGGAGACGAUUUAAAACUUUCAGAAACUUGGACUGGAGACACGUAUUUCCCCGUCACAGAGGACCGAGACAGAUACAUAAUGGCUUCCGACCCCGCUGUGGUGCUGCAGCCCCGCUGGAAGCGCAUCGUGGGCUGGACCGGGCCUGUGCCGCGGCCCAGACACGGACACCGAGCUGUGGCCAUUAAGGAGCUAAUGGUGGUAUUCGGCGGAGGAAACGAGGGCAUCGUGGACGAGCUGCACGUCUAUAACACAGCCACUAACCAGUGGUUCAUUCCUGCGGUGCGCGGUGACAUCCCACCCGGCUGUGCGGCGUUUGGCUUUGUGUGUGACGGGACGAGACUGCUGGUGUUUGGUGGGAUGGUGGAAUAUGGCAAAUACAGCAACGACCUGUAUGAACUGCAGGCGAGUCGCUGGGAGUGGAAACGUCUGAAGGCCAAAGCUCCGAAGAACGGCCCGCCCCCCUGCCCACGCCUCGGACACAGCUUUUCUCUGAUUGGCAACUGCUGUUACCUGUUUGGAGGAUUGGCCAAUGACAGCGAGGAUCCCAAGAACAACAUCCCCAGGUAUCUGAACGACCUCUACUGCCUAGAGCUGCGUCCAGGCUCCAGCGUGGUCGGCUGGGAGAUCCCGGUGACGUCGGGUCAGCCGCCACCGCCACGAGAGAGUCACACGGCCGUGGUGACGAGCGGCCGCGCCGCCAACAGACUGAUAAUCUAUGGAGGGAUGAGCGGCUGCAGACUGGGAGACCUGUGGGUGCUGGAUAUCGACUCCAUGACCUGGACCAAACCAGCCCUCAGUGGAACCGCCCCCCUCCCACGCAGCCUGCACUCUGCCACCGUCAUCAACAACAAGAUGUAUGUGUUUGGAGGUUGGGUUCCUCUAGUGAUGGACGACGUUAAAGUGGCCACUCAUGAGAAGGAGUGGAAGUGCACCAACACACUGGCCUGUCUCAACCUGAACUCCAUGUGUUGGGAGAUGGUGCUGAUGGACAGUGAGGAGGACAACGUGCCUCGGGCUCGUGCAGGUCACUGCAGCGUUGCCAUCAACUCCAGACUCUACAUGUGGAGUGGCAGAGACGGAUACAGGAAAGCCUGGAACAACCAGGUGUGCUGCAAGGACCUGUGGUACCUGGAGUCAGAGCGUCCCUGUCCUCCGUCUCGUGUUCAGCUGGUUCGUGCGAACACGUCCUCUCUGGAGGUGAGCUGGGGACCGUCUCAGACGGCCGACACUUACCUGCUGCAGCUGCAGAAGUACGACAUUCCCGCGACGCCUGCCACUAGCACCGCCCCCCAGAGCCCCACCUCCUCCGACCAGGCUGUCCCGCUCUCUGGUGCCGCCCUGGUUCCCUCCCCCUCCAUGUCUGUGGCUGGAAGCCCGUUGGCUUCAGCGGUGAAAGCACCAGCUGUCCUCAAGGUGGCGGCAGCUCCAGGAGCAGUAGGCGGAGCCUCCAUCAUCACCGUGAGACAGGCCAUGCCCAAAUCGGCGGCCGCGGUGACACUUCCUGCGGGAGUUCGUAUGGUGGUUCCCACUCAGGCAGCACAGGGGACGCCAAUAGGAAGCAGUCCUCAGAUGAGCGGCAUGGCGGCGUUAGCGGCGGCGGCCGCAGCCACUCAGAAGAUCCCGCCCUCCUCAACAACGGUGCUGAGCGUCCCUGCGGGAGCAGCUGUCAUGAAGGCGGUGGCUGCUAAAGUGGCCGCUCCUGUUACCAUGGUAACGACCCCGUGUUUUCAGACAAGCACACUGAAAGAGUUUGUAAACCUUACUAACCCGGCCACGCGCAUGCUAAAGACUGCAGCCGCUCAGGUGGGCGGGGCCUCCAUGCUCGCCAGUCCCGGGACGCCAGGUCGACAGCUGAUCACGGUGCACAAGGCAGGCGCGGUGCCUGUCUCCCAGCAUGGUCAGGUGGUCACCACGAUGGUGGGUGGAGUCACAAAGACCAUCACCCUUGUGAACAGCCCUCUCGGAGGGGGCGGGACUCUGAUCGGGAACCUGGGGAAGGUGAUGUCAGUGGUCCAGAACAAACCGACUCACACGGGAUCCAUCACGGCUCAGACUGCAGGUGGCGCCGUCGCUCAGCUCCUCCAGGCGAAGGGCGGUCUCCCCGCAGGAACCAUCCUGAAGCUGGUGACGUCAGCAGACGGUAAACAGACGACGCUCGUCAGCGCCGCACAGUCUGGAUCCACCAGCAGCAAACCCACCAUCAUCAAGACCAUCCCAAUGUCAGCGCUGCAGGGCGGGGCCGGGAACAGUCCAUAUACCAUCCUCACUACCAAGGUGAUCUCACCAGGAACAAUGGGAAAGAUCAUCACCACUGUCCCAAAGAUGACCACAGGAGGUCAGCCAGGGGUCACACAGGUGGUGUUGAAAGGAGCUCCAGGUUCUCCAGGUACCAUCCUCAGAACCGUCCCGAUGAGCGGCGUGCGACUGGUGUCGCCAGGGAGCAAGCCCGGCAUCACCACUCUGGUCGUCAAGGCAGCCUCAGGCGUAUCCACUCUGGCCACAGUGGCAGGAAGUGCUUCCACUACUGUGGCGGGCGGCACCAUCGCUGCCUCCAGCGCCUCCCUGGCCACGCCCAUCACCACCCUGGCAACCAUUGCUACGCUGGCCAACCAGGUUACCACGGUGACGACUAGUGCAGCUGUACCUAAGCAGGUGACACUGAUCACGACGCCGAGUGGCGCCGAGGCUCAGCCGCUGGUCCAGGAUCUGCCUGUCUCCUUCAUGGCGUCGCCCACCUCUGAGGAACCAGGAGGUACGACGAGCACUGCGACUGUGACAGUUGCAGGAACGACCGUGUGCUCCAACCCACCCUGUGAGACGCACGAGACCGGCACCACCAACACCGCCACCGUAGCCACGGCAACCAUGGGUGGCGGCAACAGGGUGUGUUCAAACCCACCCUGCGAGACUCAUGAGACGGGGACGACCAACACCACCACCGUCGCCACAGCAACCAUGGGUGGGGGCGACAGGGUGUGUUCAAACCCACCCUGCGAGACGCACGAGACGGGGACGACCAACACCGCCACCGUCGCCUCCACCAGUAUGAGCCGGGAACUGCAGGUGAGCUCAGCUCAGCAGUCUGCUCUUUCACCCGUCACCGUGACCUCGUCAAACGUCUGCUCCAAUCCUCCAUGUGAGACUCACGAGACCGGAACCACCAACACCGCGACCACGGCAGGGGCGGGAGGAGUCAGACAGGUGUGUUCAAAUCCUCCCUGUGAGACCCACGAGACUGGAACCACCAACACAGCGACCACAGCAGGAGCGGGAGGAGGAGUCAGACAGGUGUGUUCAAAUCCUCCGUGCGAGACCCACGAGACUGGAACCACCAACACAGCGACCACAGCUACAGCUCAACAGGGUGGAGACAAUCUCCAGGGAGACUCCUCAGACCCCACCUCUUCCUCUGACUCCACCCCUUCCACCACCACAGCCAAUCAGAGCAGGGCCGUCACCACAGUUACACAGGCCACACCCACACCUGGACCUUCCAUACCGGCGAUCUCCUCAUUGGUCGGUGAAGAGACGGCGGGUUCCUCGGAGGCCGUUGCCAUGUUGACAGAGGAGGCGGAGCCUACGCAGACAGUCAGUCAGUCAGAGGCUGUGAUGUCAUCAGCAGCAUCAGUGUUACAGGUUCAGGUGGAAGGCAGCGAGGCCACAGCACAGAUGGAGACAUCAGACAGUGGUCUUCCUCAGGAGCUGAUGUCAUCAGACGGUGACGAAGGUGACGUUGUCUCUGGAGCGACGACCCUGAUGGUGACGGGACUGACCCCAGAUCAGCUGACUGUUGCCACGGUGACGGGAGACGCAGCUCAGCAGGCGACAAUACAGGCAGUGCUUCAGGCUACAGCACACAGAGUGGACCAGUCCAUCCCCAUCGUCCUCACUCAGCAGGAGCUUGCUGCUCUGGUGCAGCAGCAGCUGCAGGACGUCCACAACCAUCCAGAACCAGAACCAGCACAACCAGAGCCGAGCAGUGUCCCCACUGAGGGCCUUGCUCCCGCAGACAGCCUCAACGACCCAGCAGCGGAUGGAAAUGUCCACGAGAUGACAUCAUCAGCCGUCACCAGUGCUGUCGCGCGAUUGGCCAGCACGUUCAGCCCCGCCCCUCCUCUGACAGCAGGACCAGUUAAGAUUGCAGCUGCCCCUGUCAAGACAGAGACGUCCAAUGGCAUUGCAGCAACUACAGGGGUGAAGACGUCGGGCGGGGACAGUCGUUGGUACGACGUCGGGAUCGUAAAGGUCACUAACAUGGUCGUCUCUCACUUCUAUGUCCCGUACGACGACAACGUGGCAGACGACGACUCAGGUGUGCCACCUGACUACAGUCAGAUGAAGAAGGUGGAGCUUCAGCCAGGGACCGCCUACAAGUUCCGUGUUGCAGGGAUCAACAUCUGCGGCCGCGGCGCCUUCUCCGAGGUGUCGGCGUUUAAAACGUGUCUGCCCGGUUUCCCUGGAGCGCCCUGUGCCAUCAAGAUCAGCAAGAACCUGGAUGGUGCUCAGCUCACCUGGGAGCCUCCGGCCGUCACGUCAGGCCGGAUCGUGGAAUACUCGGUUUACCUCGCCAUCCAGUCCAGUCAGGCGGCCGCCUCUUCAGGCUCUGGCCCCGCCCAGCUGGCGUUCAUGAGGGUCUACUGCGGCGCGAGCCCGUCCUGCCUGGUCCAGGCCUCCAGCCUCGCCAAAGCACACAUUGACCACACCACCAAACCCGCCAUCAUCUUCCGCAUCGCAGCUCGCAACCAGAAGGGCUAUGGUCCGGCCACGCAGGUGCGGUGGUUACAAGAGACGAGUAAAGACACGAAAACAGCAGUGAAGAGGGGCGGAGCCUCUGACCCGAAACCUGGUGGACCAAAGAAGUUCAAAACUGACCAAUAAGAGCCUGAGUCUGCUGACGACUCUGGUUGCCAUGGUGAUGGGGGGUGUGUGGAUCUGGCCAAUUCCUGUCCAGCAAGAAACGAACUAAAGUACAAAAGACUUGUAGCAUAUUUGUAAAUUAUCGGCCAUUCUGACGGUGACACCGUUGUCAUGGAGACGACAAGGAGUGGAGACAACAGUGUUUCAUGGAGAAAUGGGAACAAUAAAGUUUGAGUUUGUUUGAGUCGUAGCUUUUUUGAACAUCAUUUGAAAGGUCACUAUGCUGUCAGGGGGGCCGGGCCCCAGUCAGGGGGGUGGAGUUUAAACUUUCUCUGUUGUACAUAAUUUCCUUUUUGGGUUUUUUUAUAUAAUCGUUACACAAAUCGUUUCUGAUUUUUCUUCAGUUGAUGAGACAGAGCGCCCCCCACUGGUCAGUGGGCAAAACUGCAGCUAUUCAAAAAUUAAACCUGUUUGUCAAUAAUCCCUGGAUCAAUAAAGAUUUUUAGAGCAUUUUUA